CUCGGCAGUCGGGCUAUUUGCCGACAGCGUUUGCCUUCGGAAUUGGUGCGUGGGAUAUCCAUUGAGACUGGCUAAUCACAGUCCAUCGUCUGCUGCCUCGCACUUCGCAGGACGAAAGACAUGGGGGAUGAACCAUGUAGGGCGGGUGGUUAAAUUCCGGGGAUGCCCCGCAAGACUGUGAGGAGAUACCUUUACUUCUCAUUUCCUGCAGCUCUUUCAAUGCAUUGUUGAAUUAUCCUUACUUCUUGCAUCUUUAUCACCUUCUAACUCGUUUAUAUACCUCCAAAUUCCACCAACCCGUCUUUAGAAUGUCGAUUAUCAUCACCGGCGCCGGUGGCUACGUCGGCCAGGAAUUGGCCUCUGCCCUCCUCGCCAGCGACCCCAACUUGACAGUGACACUGGCAGAUGUAGUAGCACCCGAUGUUCCAGCAUCUGCUACACAGCACGCUUCACGCACAAAGUGCGUCAAGGCCGACCUCACCUCCCCCGCCGUAGUCGACGAGCUCUUCAGCUCGACUAACCGCUACGACACGGUCUACCUGCUACACGGGAUCAUGUCCAGCGGCGCAGAAGCGAACUUCGAGCUCGGCGUGCGCGUGAAUCUCGACGCGACUCGCUACAUCCUCGAUAGACUCCGGGCCGUGCAGCCGGGCGUCAAGGUCGUGUUUACGUCUAGUCUAGCAGUCUACGGUCUUGCUCCUAAGGGGUUCGUCAUUGACGAGACGAAUUUCCCGCCGGUGCCGGAAUCGAGCUAUGGAACGCAGAAGCUCGUUAUUGAGUUUUUGCUGAAUGAUUACUCGCGCCGUGGGUUCUUGGAUGGGCGUGCUGUGCGUUUGCCCACGGUGACUGUGCGAGCGGGAAAGCCCACGCAGGCGGCGAGUAGCUUUGCGAGUGGGAUUAUUCGCGAGCCGUUCAAUGGGGAGAAGGCGGUUCUGCCGGUUAAUAGGGAUGUUGAGAUGUGGGUUUGCUCGCCCUAUACUGUUGUGAAGAACUUGAUGCAUGCGGCUACGGUGCCCAAGGAGGCCUUUGGGGACUCGAGAUCGGUCAAUCUUCCUGGGAUUGUGGUUAGUGUGCAGGAGAUGUUAGAUGCGCUGGAGGAGGUUGGUGGGAAGGAAAAACGGGCGCUGGUGGAGGAGAAGUAUGAUGCGGAUAUUGAUCGGAUUGUGCAGACUUGGUCGCCGCAUUUUAACCCGGCUAGGGCGUUGAAGCUGGGAUUUUCGGAGGACAUUCCUAUUCUCGAGAAUGGUCGUCCAGCCUCAUCAUCCUCCAUUCCACCUCCCUCCCUCUCCACACCCACUUUCCAUCCUGUCACAAUGGCUUCCCGGCGUUUAGCCUUUAACCUCAACCAGGCUCUGCGCAGUCGCGCCGCCCUGAAGUCCAUCCAGCCCGUCAAGCGUGGCUUUGCUUCUCCCGUCGCCCUCCCGUCCACCACCCAGUCCACCACCCUUUCCAACGGUUUCACGAUCGCUACGGAACACUCCCCAUGGGCUCAGACGUCGACCGUCGGCGUGUGGAUCGAUGCCGGUAGCCGGGCAGAGACUGACAAGACCAACGGAACCGCGCACUUCCUGGAGCACCUUGCCUUCAAGGGCACCAACAAGCGUUCGCAGCACCAAUUGGAGCUCGAGAUCGAGAACAUGGGUGCUCACCUCAACGCCUACACAUCGAGGGAAAACACCGUUUACUACGCCAAGUCCUUCAACAACGAUGUCCCCAAGGCCGUCGAUAUCCUCGCCGAUAUUCUGCAACACUCUAAGCUUGAGUCUUCCGCCAUUGAGCGCGAGAGGGAUGUGAUUCUCCGUGAGCAGGAGGAGGUUGACAAGCAGCUCGAGGAGGUUGUCUUCGACCACCUUCACGCUACUGCUUACCAGCGCCAGCCUCUCGGCCGUACCAUCCUCGGCCCCAAGGAGAACAUCCAGACCAUCACCCGUGACAACCUGACCGAGUACAUCAACACCAACUACACUGCUGACCGCAUGGUCCUUGUUGGUGCUGGUGGUAUCCCCCACCAGGACCUCGUCAGACUCGCUGAGCAGCACUUCGGUUCUCUGCCCAGCAAGCCCCCAACCUCCGCCGCUGCCGCCCUCAGCGCCGAGCAGAAGCGCCAGCCCGAGUUCAUUGGGUCCGAGGUCAGAAUCCGUGAUGACACUCUCCCCACUGCUCACAUUGCCCUUGCCGCUGAGGGUGUCAGCUGGAAGGACGAUGACUACUUCACUGCCCUUGUCGCCCAGGCCAUCGUCGGUAACUGGGACCGUGCCAUGGGCAACUCCCCUUACCUCGGCAGCAAGCUCAGCUCCUUUGUCGAGCGCAACAACCUCGCCAACAGCUUCAUGAGUUUCUCUACCAGCUACAGCGAUACUGGUCUCUGGGGUAUCUACCUCGUCUCCGAGAACAUGACUGGCCUCGAUGACCUUAUCCACUUCGCUCUCCGUGAAUGGUCCCGUCUGUCGUUCAACGUCACCGCCGCUGAGGUCGAGCGCGCCAAGGCUCAGCUCAAGGCUUCCAUCCUCCUCUCCCUUGACGGUACCACCGCCGUUGCCGAAGAUAUUGGUCGCCAGAUCAUCACCACCGGCCGCCGCCUCUCCCCCGAGGACAUUGAACGCACAAUCGGACAGAUCACCGAGAAGGAUGUGAUGGAUUUCGCCAACCGCAAGCUCUGGGAUCAGGACAUCGCCAUGAGUGCUGUUGGCAGCAUCGAGGGUAUCCUCGACUACAACCGUAUCCGGGCGGACAUGAGCCGAAACACCUACUAAACGCCUAACUAGAAUAUGCGUUUUCUUUUGUCCGUCUCUGCCGGUUUCAUGCCACUUGUUUUGUUUUGCGUGUGGUGAUUUUAAUAGAUAGAUACGGGGAGAGAGAGGGGAGAUGAAGCGUGUCCUGUACAGUACGCAACUGUCGCUGAUAUAUCAAAAUGUAUUCUUUUGUUACUUGAUUCCAUGCCGUAUGAGUUUUGAUAUAAACCACCCCUGCAAGUGAGCCAUUAUGCGCUGCGACUUCGUUCACACUAACUGCAUCGGUCUGCAUACCGCGCUAACUGUAACCCG